AUGAAGGCUGCUCAGCGCAUUCAGCUUUCCCUGACCAAACCCCGUGUGGAGAAGCUGAUUGUGUGCUUGGGGUUCGGCGAAGGCCUCGACGCGCGUGAGAGCCGCGGCGCUGUCGCCACGCGCGUUUCAAAGCACCUGCUGCUGCAAUGUCAUCCUUCUCCGAGUGAUGUACACAACCCGGAUACUACCCGCGCACAUGCACGCGAUCGGCAAGGACGUGCCCGCGUCUUCUACGAGGCGCACACGAUGCAGGUACGACAUAGCCGACGUGGCCGCACCGAGACGCUCCGCAGCCCACAAACGUGGGACUCGAGUCGAGUGGUAGACUACAUGGGCAUGUGGUGCGACCGAUUGCUGCUCGGGGAUGCCCGUCAUCCUGCACGCUGCGCACUUCUCGAGCCGCAUGUGCCUGAGGUAAUGUGGGGUGAGGCGGUUGCUCGAGUGGCCCAGUCCCAUCGACACCUGGGCUCCAAGGAUGUUCUUCUCGUAUCUGCGUGUGAGACACUGCCGUUCGGUGUGGUGCGCUUGUGCACAGAUGCCGCAGAGACAUGGAACACAAGCCCUCCGGUAUCUAACCUUUCUAUGCCCGGUAUUGCCACCUUGACAGACGCGCUAAGGCUCUUUAUGCCUUCAGACAGUGGACCUUCUUGUCUACGCAUUGGUAUCGGAUCCGAGCACGGCACCGGCGCUCCCCUUAUGCAGCAUGAAGUUCUGCAUGAGCAGCGUUUUCUAGUGCCUCUGUGCAGUUUUGUGGCAGCUCUUUGGUGCGCGAAUCCCGUGAAGGCGUCCAAGUAUGUCUCCUCUGUCACUGCUAGGCCAGAGUCAUUGACAGACAGCACAGCUAACUUGCGUCUUUGGCGCAUGAUGCAGCACUCCAUGCUUUCCACCCGGGACUCUGCCGUCCUUAACGCGUACUACAACGACGACUAUCUGGAUGCGCGCCUCAGCCAAAACCAUACGCGCUACCUCGCCGAGACUCUCAUUCGACGCCUCGCUGACGAGGACCGCACCACUUGA